CAGGUCUUGCUGAUGUUGCUAAUACCACAAAUGCGAGAGCAGAAAACAGUGAGCACCAUGCCACAAGGAGGAGACAUUUAGAACCCAAGAAAGACUGAAGGAAGCCUGAAGGAAAAAGCUGUUUGUAGUCACUUUUGUGCACUUUGGAGUGCAUCAGCACAAGUAAAGAAGAGCACCUCACCAUGUUUGCCCCGACGACAGCCCUGCCUCCUCCUCCUCCCCUCUUAACAGGAAGUGCUCUGCCAAUGCCCAGUGCACCAUCAACAGCUCCCUACACAGAUCAUGACCUACUGCGGCAGGAGUUAAACUCUCGGUUCCUGGCCUCCCAAACUGUCAAUCGAGGAGGCGCUCUAGCUCCCCCGGCCUACCUGCGCACAGAGUUCCACCAGCACCAGCACACACACCAACACACACAUCAGCACACCUUCUCUCCCUUCUCCCAUUCCAUCAUGCCCAACCCAGCAGCACCACUGUUUGACAAAUAUCCCGCUAAAGUGGACACCUUCCAUAGACACAGU